AUCAUUUUGAAAAUUCCCACCAGCGUCGUCAACACUCACCACGCUAAAAGUCUCGCUCUUUCUUCUAUGCUUCUUCGUCUUCUUCGUGCCUACAUCAGCCGCGAAACCCUAGCCUCUCUCCUCAAACCCCUCAGACUAGUCCACCGCAAAGUCCGAACCUUUUUCCUCUUCUUCAAAAUGUCCCAACCCACCUCUCCACAGUCCUCCGCCCCAACCCCUCCGCCAUUCGACCCGACCCGGCCCUCCAUACCCAUCUCGUACCCGAUCAAAACCCUCGAAGAGCUCGAAUCCCGAUCCUACUUCGACUCCUUCCACUACCCCUUUAACAAAUCCUCCGUGGCUCUCCCAUCUGGGCCGUCGGGUCUGCCCAAUCGGCCCAGAUUGCUCGUCUGCCAUGACAUGGCCGGUGGCUAUGGAGAUGAUAGGUGGAUCCAAGGAGGGACGAAUCCGAAUGCGUAUUCGAUAUGGCACUGGUAUUUGAUUGAUAUCUUCAUCUACUUUUCGCAUAGUCUUGUGGCUCUUCCACCCCCUUGUUGGACUAACACGGCUCAUAAGCAUGGUGUUAAGGUGUUGGGGACUUUCAUCACAGAAUGGGAAGAAGGGAAACUUAUAUGCAACAAAUUGCUGUCUACAAAAGAGUCUGUGGAGAUGUAUGCUGAGCGCUUGGUAGAGCUUGCUGUUGCUUUGGGCUUCGAUGGAUGGCUGAUCAAUAUGGAAGUUGAAUUGGAAUUGGGCCAAAUUCCUAAUUUGAAAGCAUUUGUCAGCCACUUAACCCAGAGAAUGCAUUCCUCAGUCCCUGGAUCUUUAGUGAUAUGGUAUGAUAGUGUUACAACUGACGGUAAACUUAACUGGCAAGAUCAACUAAAUGAAAAGAAUAAACCAUUCUUUGAUAUAUCUGACGGAAUUUUCGUGAACUAUACAUGGAAGCAAAAUUAUCCGAAGCAAUCAGCUGCUGUUGCAGGUGAUAGAAAGUUUGAUGUAUAUAUGGGUAUUGAUGUAUUUGGAAGGGGCACUUUCGGUGGCGGACAAUGGAAUGCAAGUGUUGCACUUGAUAUGCUGAAAAAUGAUGAUGUGUCAGCUGCCAUAUUUGCUCCUGGAUGGAUCUAUGAGACUAAUCAACCACCGAACUUCCAGAAUGCUCAGAAUCAUUGGUGGGCCCUUGUGGAAAAAUCCUGGGGAAUAACACAGAAUUAUCCUACUGUUCUACCAUUCUAUUCAAAUUUUGAUCAGGGUCAUGGAUACCAUGUUUCUGUUGAAGGCGAGGAAGUAUCAGAUGCUUCUUGGUGUAACAUUUCUUCCCAAAGUUUUCAGCCUUUGCUUCUGUUCACUGAUAAUUCAACUCCAGAUGGUAUUCAGGUCCAUGUUGACUUCAGGGAAGCAUCUUACAGUGGAGGAGGAAACAUCACAUUUAAAGGAAACCUUGAAGACAAUGCUGAUUUCACUGCAAGGCUCUUUCAAGGAGAUCUUCUUUUGGGGGACUUGCCUCUUCACUUCGUAUAUUCAGUGAAAUCGGAGAAUAAUUCUCGACUAGGCCUUUUUCUUAAUUUUGUUUCUACUCUAAACAAAAAAAAGUCGGUACUUCUUGUAUCCUGGAAUUCGAACCAAUUCUCAAGCAAAUUUAGUACAGUGAUUAGGACACGUCAACUUGAAAGACCAGGAACUGCCCCUGGAUGGGUUAUAGAGGAGAGUAGCAUCAGAAUGAAGGGAUGCAGACUAACUGAAAUACAUGCGGUGUGCUACAGGUCAAAGCCUGAGUUUGAUGAAAAGAUACCGAAAUCCAAAACUAGCCAAGAUAAUUCUUGUGCUCAUAAUUCUACGGAGUACUAUGCAGUGCUUGGUCAUAUUUCAGUGAAAUCUUGUGGACAAAAUUCAGAUUUUCCACCUUCCGAUUCGUGGCUUGUCCAAGGUCAAUUCAUCCAAUGGACUACAGGAUCUGAGGAUUCCAAGUACCUUAGUCUUAAGAUCGCUUGGAAAUUGAAAGAUGGGAAUGAUUCUGCAUACUCAACCUAUAACAUUUAUGUUGAGAAACUAGCAGAAGGAAAACCAAGAGGACACUCCUAUCUUGGAGUGGCUAGAGUGGAAGCUUUUUAUGUUUAUGACCUGGCAGUUCCUUCUGACACUUCUACCAUCAAGUUCAUUAUUCAAGUGUGUGGUGGUGAUGGGAGUAGCCAGAAACUAGAUGACUCUCCGGUUUUUCUGUUGGAUACUGAAGCUUGAUAACAAGUCCCAAGCACAACUGACUGAAUGUAUGACAGUGAACAAUGCUAGCUCAAGAUUGUGAUUCUGGGAAUCCAGACAUUAUGGGGAAGGUUCCACAAAAGCAGAGGUGAAAGAAAAAUUUAGCCAUGGAUUGGGAAUCAUAUUUUCACAAAAGCAGCUGACUGGGAUGAUCUCGGGAUUGCUUUGAAGACGAAGUUAACAGGCAACAAAAGAUGUUGGCAAACAACAUUGCAGGUGUUGAAUUGGAAGGAGUUUUUUUUCAAUCUAGUUCUGAAUGACUGGUUGUGGUAUCUGUUGAUGAGUAGAAACUUCAGCAUCAGUUUAUUCGCCGUCUCUUUCAUUUAAUUUUACUCUCUUAAUCUAAUUUGUACUAUCUCGAAUCUUUGGUAUUGUUAAGUUAAUAAUUUAUAGAGAUUGAAGCAAAAGAACAGAAGUUGUAUGUUGACCAUUGAGAAUUUCUCAUGAAAUAAAACAGUAGUAUUAUUUAUGUGCUCU